CGGAAACGAAUACAACACUACGGCAGACAUGAGCCCUUCAGUGAGAGUAACAAUAUAUGAAGCUAAGAAACAAGCCGACUCCAACAGAUUCCUACAUUAAUUUUGUAUAGGUGUAGCGUAAACCGAAACGGCAUGAGUUAAUUGUACCUGCUUGAAACAAAUCACUCAGUGGAUACUGUAGCUGGUAUGCUAACGUAAAUGGCUAACGACAGCCGUUGUCAACAGACUGCAUUCAACUUUCACGAAAUUCCUGUUUGAUGCCACACCAGACAUACCGGUAGUCGUUUUCAGCAGCUCUACAAAUGAUGUCAUCCUAGUCUGUCUACUUACUAUUUUCCUCCAACAAUGGAUGGGGUUAUGUCUCAGAAGCUGUUGAAGGAGGCCUUCGUCAGCAACCUGAAUGGCACUACUUUGGGAGAGGUUGCUCUUGGGUCCUUCGUUGCACCUUUGUGUGUGCUGAACCGAGGGUUGUUUCUGGUACUCUACUUUGUCUGUAAAGGGACUCUUCCACUGUCCUGGAGCUGUCACUUUCUGUUGGAUUUCACUUCCCUGAUCCUCCCUAUGAUCCUGUUAUCCACAGUGUUCAGUCCUAUAUUGCAUCUCAUCGUCCCAGGCAUUGUAGUGAUUGAUCUCUGCCUACUUUACAAAGUAUGGCAAAAAAGGAAACACCCAGCAUCAUUUCUCGAUGUAUGGAAGCAGUUCAUACAGAGUAAAGUUGAGUCUAAUUUGGUGCCAUUUAUAACCAUUUUCAGAGUGGAAGUCAAUGUCAAAACGGCUUUAUGCAUUCUUGCCGUUGACUUCAGUGUAUUCCCUCGCCGCUAUGCCAAAACAGAGACCUAUGGAACUGGUGUCAUGGACAUAGGUGUGGGAGCUUACAUACUUGCAAAUGCACUCGUCUGCCCAGAGGCCAGAAGAAAAGAAAAGAAGGGGUCCCAUUUCAGCCAUGUCCUAAGACAGCUGUGGUCUGUUUGGCCCUUGUUUUUUCUCGGGAUGGUCAGGUUUAUCAGUGUGAAGAUGUCAGGCUAUCAAGAACAUGUGACAGAAUAUGGGGUCCACUGGAACUUCUUUUUCACAUUAGCCAUUGUGAGAGUUGUGGCAUCUGUCCUGCUGGCCAUAUUUCCAGUUAGUGCUUCGUUGUUCAUUGCAAUUCUGAUCUGUGGGUUUUACCAGGUCAUCUUGGAGACAACUGGCCUGAAGGAUUUCAUCAUUCACAGCGAGGACAGGACUGGGAGCUUCCUGGCUGCAAACAGGGAGGGCAUCUUUUCUGUGUUUGGAUAUGUAGCCAUUUACAUGGCUGGAGUGCAAACUGGCUUGUACUUAAUGGAACGAAGGCCGAUGAUCAAAGAGUGGUUUAAGGUCAUUCGCAAUUUUAUAGUUGUAAGUUUGGGGAUCUAUGUGGUUCUAUACCCAUGCCAGAUUUACAUAGAGCCUGUUUCACGACGCAUGGCUAACCUGCCUUACUGUAUCUGGGUGACUGCUGAGUGUUUAUUUUUCAUUGCUUCGUUGAGCGCUGUUGAUAUUAUUUUACUGUUUGCCAAAUACCUGACAAACGCCUAUGUUAUUCCGACUUCUUGGCACCACCAAGACGAUGAGAUGAAAAAAGUGAAUCUCCGAAAGGACAUGGAAGGCUUGUGUCUUAUUCAGUCUGUGAACCGAAACCAGCUUGUGUUUUUCAUGUUUGCAAAUUUACUGACUGGACUCACGAAUGUCAUUGUAGAUACUGUCAGCAGUAGUGAUGUAUUUUCACUGUGUGUUUUGAUCAUGUACAUGUUUGUUAAUAGUGCUCUAAUUUUUCUGUUACACCGAAAAGGAAUUACCUUGAAGUUUUGGUGACCCAUCAACCAGGUGACUUUUGAUGGGGUGGGUGGGUGGGUGGGUCUGCCCAAGAGUGUGUGUAUGAUUCAGUUUCCCCCACAUCACACACCACGGAUGGACAGACAGAACCAGCUGGGGUCAUUGUAAUAUCUGGCCAAAUCUCCUCUGGGGGCCAGGUAAUACAGUUCACAUCAUAGCCAAAUCAACAAUUCAUUGCAUGCUGCUGCAUGGUUAAUGACUACUGAAAUUCUGUGGCCCUUGUUUACAAUGAAUUAUUACUACCAGUGUGCAUUCCGCUUAACAGAAAUAUGUACAAACGGUUUGCUUAAUGCCAAAUAAAGUUGUCUUAUGUACAUGUUUUUUUUUUCAGCAAAAACCCACAAUUACCAAAUGCUUUCUUGAAUGCUCUGCUGUUUUGUCACCCUCUCCUGGUCAAUAAAAUGAAUUGAAUGGGUCCUAUUCA